AUGGAGCGCGCGCUGGCGUCGAUGCGCGCCUCGGUGCGCGCGUGCGCGGGAUCGGGCGCGCUGGACGCCGUGAGCGACGGCGAGAACGCGGCGGAGCGAAAUUUCGGCGACGGCGAGACGGGGACGGCGACGGGUGAUCUCCGAGGACGCACGUACGUCGUCACGGGGACGGAGACGAGCGCGAUCGCGGCGGCGUGCGCGCGGCGGUUGCGCGACGCGGGGGCGAGGGUGGUGUGCGCGUGCGUGGACGCGAACGAAGCGCGCGCGCGGGUGGAUGGAGACAAAGGCGACGGGAGAGACGAGGACGCGACGACGGCGAACACGGCGCAUGAGAGGGAGUUGAGGGCGUCGGGGGCGUUGGUGACGAUGUACUGCGACGUCGAGCGCCUGGAGACGAUCGAGAGGUUCGCGCGGGAGUUUUGCGCCAAGGCGUGGGCGCUCGACGGCGUGCUCAACGCCGCGUCGACGACCAUGGAGGAAUUCUCGCUCACGGCGGAUGGCAUCGAGCGACACUUCGCGGUGAAUCAUCUCGCGCACUUUAAGUUGACGUCGCUGUUGAUGGACGAGCUCGUGCGCACGGCGGCGGCGUCCGGGCGCGAGGGUCGAGUGGUGUAUCUGACGUCGAAUCUGCACCACUUUUCGUUUCGCAUCCGUCAGGGAACGCCCAAGCCGAGCCGAGGCAUCGAUUUCGCGAACAUUAACAGCGAUUUCGGAUACUCUCCUCUGAACGCGUACGGGCAGAGCAAGCUCGCGAACGUCUUACACGCGUGGUCGCUCUCUGAGCGUUUGGCCAAAUCCGGCGCGCGCGUGCGUUGCGUGGCGGCGACGCCCGGACUCACCGAGCUCGAGCUCGAUCGUUCGCUCUCCUUCCCCGGUGGGUCUCUCAUAUCAGCCCCUCUGAAAUACGUCAUGAUCAACACGCUGGAGGAGGCCGUCGUGACGCCGCUCUACUGCCUCACCGCGCCCACCAUUCCGCCCGGAACGUACUUCAACAACUGCGUCCCGGUCAAAGCCAGCCUUCCGGGCCGAGACCCUCGACUGGCGGCCAGACUCUGGGAAUUCUCCGAAGAGCUGUGCGAUGCAGGAGCGGUCAAGGACGCCGAGGGAUCGGAUUGA